CAAGGGGAGAGAGGCUGAGGCCCAGAUGGGAACCGGACAACAAUUUAGUCAGUACUUGGUGAAGUGUAUUGAGGCCAACUUGAAGACGGACAGGUGCUUCACGGUGACUUUGUAUGACCGGGAUAACUCCGAGUUCAUCGUAGCGGAGACCACUCCGACGGGCUCUUUCUCAUUGGGUAGCUACAGAGUAUCGCUUGCCUCUCAGACAUGUGAUUGCGGGUACUUUCAGGCACUUCAUUUCCCGUGUCAGCACGCACUUGCAUGUUGUGCCUACUCACGAGUGACCUGGACCUCUUAUGUUCACAGCGUCUAUCGGAUUAGUUCGGUAUUCAAUGUGUAUCGGAUUGGAUUCACACCUCCGAUCCCGGAGGGUUUCUGGCCACCAUACGACAGGCCCACUGUGAUACCGGACCCUAACAAGAGGCGUGCGAGAGAGGGUCGUCCGAGGUCCACUAGGAUACAGACGAAUAUGGACGAGGCGGAUCCGAACCGGCCAAAGAGGUGUGGCCUAUGUCGCCAACCCAGACACACACGCCGGAAUUGCCCACAGCUAGCUGGAUCGUCUCAGACAGGGGGCCAUUAG